AUGUCCGAUGAUGAGGGAAACUUUACCCAGCAGGGAGGUGAACAGACCGGAUCUCUGACCUACCCAAUGCAGGCUGGUGCUCUCAAAAAGGGAGGCUACAUUUGCAUCAAUGGGCGCCCCUGCAAGGUGAUUGAUCUUUCUGUGUCAAAGACUGGAAAGCAUGGACAUGCCAAGGUCAGUAUUGUUGCCACAGAUAUUUUUACUGGUAACAAAAUGGAGGAUCAGGCCCCCACCACACAUAACGUGGACGUGCCUUUUGUGAAGACGAGCACGUACAGUGUGUUGGACAUUCAGGAAGAUCGUACAGACCCCAGUAAGCCGGCUCAUCUUUCGCUUAUGGACGAUGAAGGAGAGACUCGUGACAACCUGGAUAUGCCUCCAAAUGCGGAACUAGCUGCUCAGAUAAAGGAGCAGUUUGAAGCGGGAAAGGAUGUGUUGGUUGUUGUGGUUUCCGCAAUGGGAACUGACCAGAUUCUCAGCUUUAAAAAUGCUGUUGAAAAGUAA